AUGCCGCGUACCGAGGCAAAUACGCAAGCCUACCUCGACCUCAAAAGGCUGCAGGAAUUAAUCCAGACGCUGUCAAAUAUUCAAUCUGAAUGUAGUCAGAUUUUAACCAGAAUUCUAUUAAGAGAAACAGCUAUGCAGCAGCUGUUUGCUAGCGGCAUCAGCUUCCAAUGUGACAACUGCCAGCGCGAGCAUGACACCGGACCCCACGCUUCUAUUCAUGCGAUAGACGCUAUUACCUUUUCGAUCAAAACACGCCCA